AUGGGUGAACCGAUAGAGCUUGGGUUUCCUCAGGGGUUGCAUCUGGAAGUCGGAUCCGCACAGCUUAUAUACUGGAUGGUUACAUCUCUAAGCUCUCCCAAGACUUCUUCAUUUGAAGGGAUGGGUGGUGGGGGUGGUGGUGUAACUUCCGCUGAUAAGAUAUCUCUCUCCAGGGGAGGUCUUCUUGUUCUAGAAGUCACCACUGCUUCACUUCCAUCUUUGAAUUCCACAAUUGUUUCCUUUAUCAAAGGUUGGAGACCGUUGAUAAGGACCUUGAGCUUUGCAGAAGAACUGAAUCUCCAUAUCUAAAAUUUCUCCCAGUUCCUCACCAAUAGUUUGUAGCAUUUCAGGAAGCCAGAAGUGUUUUGGGAGGCCUUGAACCUCCAGCCAGAAAGGUAUCAUGGAUGGAAAGGUAUCAGAUAUGACGGGUUCCCAUUUCUGAAGAAUGACCAUCCAUUGGUCAUAGUGUCUUCUUCGAAUUCAAAUCUGAACUGGAAACAGCCUCUACCAAGAUCUGAGCCAGUUGCUUUGCCUCUCAGGUUCCAGCGGUUUGAGAGGAAAGGGAAGAGAGACCAUAGACGUUGGGCUGAGGGGUUAGUGAGUCUUCCAAUAAGGGUGAGUGAGUUUUCUUCAAUCAAGGCUGAAGUAUCAAGGUCAGGUGCUCUGAUUCUUUUGCAAGGAGGGGGAGUGAAGCCACUAUCCAUUCCUUUGCCUUUGAGGUGGGAUGGAAUUCUCUUUUCCAUAGUUUAG